AGGCAUUUACUACAAAUGUUGUUGCAGCUGCACCUAUACUAUACUGUAAAGGCGCACUAAAUGCAUCUAAAACGAUACAAAGUGUCCUGGAAUUUGUGGAGUUAGCUGCUCCAGAUGCUUCUUUGGUUCCUUGUUUUUCUAAUACACAAAUAGGUCCAAAGGCAACCUAAGAUUUUUCUGCAACUAUUCGUCUAUGGCGGACUUGACUAUUGCUUUUUUCUCUCUCCUCCUCCCUUUCUUCUCUCUAUCCCUCCUAGUUUUCCUCGCCUUCAUCGUCCGACCACGCCCCGUCAAAGUUCCAAUUAAAAAUCGUCAUGUCUUCAUCACUGGCGGCUCAAGCGGUAUUGGCUUAGCUCUAGCUCAACAGGCUGCUUCAGAAGGUGCAAAAGUUUCAAUACUUGCUCGUAACAUUGGUAGACUCGAAGAUGCGAAGGAGUCAAUUCGGCUUUCUACUGGCCGUGACGUGGCCAUUUUCAGCGCUGAUGUGAGAGACUACGAGGCUGUCAAGAAGGCUGUAGAAGAGGCAGGACCAAUCGAUGUGUUGGUGUGCAAUCAGGGAGUUUUUGUACCUCAAGAAUUGGAGACUCAAGAUAUUGAGGAGAUCAAGUUUAUGAUUGAUGUCAACUUGACCGGGACUUUUCAUUUGAUUAAAGCUGCUUUGCCUGGAAUGAAGAAUAGGGCUGACCGUGGACCUGGGUCCAUCGCUAUCAUAUCUUCACAAGCUGGCCAGGUUGGGAUAUAUGGUUAUACAGCUUAUUCAGCCAGUAAGUUCGGCCUAAGAGGACUGGCAGAAUCACUGCAGCAGGAAGUAAUUGGUGAAAAUAUUCACGUAUCACUAAUAUUUCCUCCGGACACUGAAACUCCUGGAUUUGCUGAAGAGAACAAGAGGAGGCCACAGUUGACUAGUAUACUAGCAGCUUCUUCUGGUUCCAUGAAAGCUGAUGAAGUUGCAAAGAAAGCUUUGAAUGGCCUUAAAUCAGGAAACUUCAUUGUCCCCUGCAACUUUGAGGGAUUCUUUCUUUCCCUAGCAACUUCUGGUCUAUCUCCUCAGAGAUCAUUCUUGAUGGCAUUUAUCGAAGUGAUAGCUGCUGGAAUAUUACGUGUUGUUGGUCUAUGUUUCCAGUGGAAUUGGUAUGGUAAUAUUGACAAAUUCCUUGGAGAAAGAAAAUAGAGAGCAACUACUAAACAGAUUCUAACAAGAAUUGAUAGUUUGAUCGAACAAAUGAAUUUCGACAUGAUAGUUAUUAUAGAAAUCGAACUUUUUCAUGAUGUCUUAUGUACCCCUAGGCUGUCCAAUUUUCAUCUACUUCUGUGCAAGUGAACCAAAAAAACUAUGUAGUUUUGGUUCCUCUUUGAUUAUAUACAUUACCAAGUGUUUCUGGA